AAAAAAAAAGGCACAGAUGUGCUACAUCUAGAUGUAGCUGUUUAAACCAGACCGCUGCAUUACUGCAAUGUGAUGUUAAAAGAUAAACAUGAACGCCGUGGUUCGAAUUCGAAAAAAUGUACAAUAAAAGAUAUAUGACGUAAUCAGAAUGAGAUUUCUUCAACUGUUUAUUCUCGCCUCUUUAGUCUGGCCAGGAUUUUCUCAAACAUGUCCGGCUAUGGAGUUGUCUUUUAUAAUUGACCUGUCCGACAAUGCUCGCCUGGCAUCAACCAACUUGGUCAACUUUGAUAUACUAGAGGAUCAGCUGAGGAAGAUCUUCAACGAUCCUGUUCUUUACAACAGUGCGAACAUAAGCGUUGAAGCUUUCGGCUAUAAUGACAACCCCUACGAAAUCAUCCCGUACUGGAGUUCUCUUUCCAAUGCGUCAUCUUACUUGUCAAUUCUGCGAAGAAUUCCCAUAUUUAACACAUCGACAACGUUAAAUGGACUAGGGAAAAUGACGGUCGGACCAAGAUAUAACGACAGCAUCAUAUUUCUAGUAACAUCUCAGGGUUCCAACGGGUCUCUCCUGACUCUGACAGCUAUAGAAUAUGCCAAAAUUCUUAAAAACAGAGGGUGGAACAUUCGAGUAAUAGCUUUAAAGAGCGUUAAUGAUUUCAAUAUUUUGGAGUUACAAGGCAUAGAUGCCAACUAUGUCACUGUUUCUACUCUGCCAAAGAGUUAUCUUGGACUGGCUGAUGCUGUCAUUGGGAUUGUGGAACAGAGAUGUUUGAAAUACGUGUCCACCACGACUACAACACUAUCUUCAACAGCAUCGCUAACAACUACAACAUUAUCUUCAACAGAACCGAUAACAACUACAACACCAUCGACAUCAGAAUCAUCACCAGCUACAGCAUUACCAGCAACUACAACAAUAUCCACGCCAACACCACCAACCACUACAACAUUGACAUCACAAUCGACAACAACUACAAUAACAUCUACACCAGAAUCAACUACAACAUCUACUACAUUACCAGCAACUACUACAACAACAUCGACACCAUCCCCAUCAUUAACUACAACAACAUCGACACCAUCCCCAUCAUUAACUACAACAAUAUCGACAUCAUCACCGCCAAUAAUUACAACAAUAUCAAUACCAUCACCAACGACAUCUAUAACAACAACGACACCAUCGCCAACGACAACUACAGCACCAACAACAACAACAACAUUGACACCAUCAUCAAUGACAACUACAGCACCAACAACAACAACAACAUUGACACCAUCGCCAACAACAACUACAGCACCAACAACAACAACAACAUUGACACCAUCAUCAACGACAACUACAGCACCAACAACUACAACAACAUCGACACAAUCAACAACAACAACUACAGCACCAACAACAACAACAACAUUAACACCAUCGUCAACAACAACUACAGCACCAACAACAACAACAACAUUCACACCAUCAUCAACGACAACUACAGCACCAACAACUACAACAACAUCGACACAAUCAACAACAACAACUACAACGACUUUGACACCAGAAUUAACAAAAACUACAGCGCCAACAACUACUACAACGACAUUGACACCAGAAUCAAUAUCAACUACAUCACCAACAAGUACAACUACAUCAGCACCAACAACAACACCAACAUCUACAUCAACAACUACUACAGCACCAUCGACAUCUACAAUGUUCUUAUCAACUACGACACAAAUAAGUACAAUACAAUUAACAACUGCAACACCGACAAAUGCAACAUCGAUAAGUACAGCAACGUUAACAACUACACCACCAACAACAACUACAAUACCAUCAACUGCACCAACAACUACGCCGACACCAUCUACAACGACAUCAAUAUCAACUACUACACCAAGAACAAGUACAUCCCUACCAACAUCCCUACCAGCAUCACCAACAACUACAGCACCAAUCACAGCAACAACAACACAAUCAUCAACUACACUAUUAUCAACAACUACAGCACCAUCAUCGACUACAAUGUUAUCAACAAGUACUGCACUCGUUUCAACUACAACAUCACCAACAACUAAUACAACUUCAGCUAUAACAACACCAAACACAGCGGCAUCGAUAACUACACCAUUACCUACAACUACAACAUCAUCUGCAUCACAAUCACCAUCAACAUCUACGACAUUGUCAAUUCCAACUACAACAUUUUCAACAAGAAUUUUAACAACCUCAUGGAGUCCACCAAACGAAACGCAAUCGACAACAUCUGCACCAGUUGGAACGCCAACAUAUAAAGAAUGUGGAAAGAUGCAGUUGCUGUUCCUGUUGGACAUGUCCCAGGUUGCUUAUGUGUCUGCAACAAGUCGCUCUGAUCGGACGUUGGAUAUACUGGAGAAUCAACUAAAACUUAUUUUCAUCUAUUUGUCGCUCUAUCCCAGAGUUCAAAUCAGAGUCGAAGCCAUUGGAUACAGUGCAAAUCGAUCUAUACACAUUCUACCUCACUGGACAGAGCCAUCAAAAGCAAGCAAGAAACUCUGGAAGCUGAAACAGUUCCCAAACACUGAUGCUUGGAGCAGCUCUGGUUUUACAAACAUACAGUCUAGACCAAAAUAUGUCAACAAUAUUCUGUUCUACGUGACAUCACAAACAACAAACAAUGAUACAAACAGAGACCAAACUCUAAAAGAUGUCAAUAGAGUCAAAGCAAUGGGAUGGAAUGUUCGGGUGUUUGCUCUCAAGACUUCAAGCUCCGUUAUUGACCUGAAUGAGCUGGCUGACAUAGACAAGAGUUUCAUAACUAUUUCAGACGAACCCAAGCGUUAUACGGGACUGUCAAGGGGAGUGACCAAAAUACUUAAAUCUGCGUGCAAAGAAUUCAACAAUGAGACAUUACCUCCCUGUAAAACUAAAGGGAGAAAAUCUCGAGCCCAUCAAGACUAAAGAUCUAGAUAAAAGCGAAUUCGUCUUUUCUAUUUUACCAAUCAGGAAUUAUCUCUAUAUUAACACAAUUAACUUUUACCGUAACCACAGAAGCAUUUUUUUGAUAAAAAGUGUCUUAUUAAUUGUUAUUUCUUAUGUAUUUUCACCUUAGACUACCAAUAGGCUUUUUAUGUUGACUGCAUGUUAUUGUUAAGAAAGGGGAAAUUCAAAUAUGUCUCAUAUGGCUGAUAUUUUGUUACAUUGCUCUUGCAUUACUGUUUGUUUUUAAAGUGUUUAAUAAAAGAGAUGUGAGUACACAAAA